AUGGGAGCACCGGAAACGCUUUCCCCCAAGGGGGAGCUAGAUCUCGAGUCUAAUACCCGGUACGAAUACGAUCCCUGGUUGUUGGAUGAUCAUCCUCUCCGCUCCCAUCCCACCGAGUGUAUUCCGGGGCUGGGGUCUUUCCUUGCCGAAUGGUUGGUGUCGGUUCAGAAGCGCUGGAAGGAGAUAUUACUUCGGGCUAUGUGCCUUAUUCUGACAUGCCUGGCUGCGUUUCAAUUGCUUUGCACGCUUCCGUCUCCCACCAAAGCACUCCCACGUCCUGCAACGGCGUCGCGUCUUACCUCUCGCGACUCGCAGAUCACCUGCACUUUUCCCCACUCAGACCCCCGAGCGAACGCCAUUGCGCAAUCCGUUGCUGCCGGAUGCGAAGGUUUCCGCACCGACAUUUGGAUGCACGACAACGAGCUGCAGAUGGGCUUGUCUAGCCUCGAUCCUGCCAAUGACUUGCACCUUCGUUUUGAUUCGCUCCUCGUAGAUCUUGAGCUUCAAGAUGCCUCCAUGAGAACCCAGAUUCUGAUGAAGGAAGAGACGCCUUCGAGCCCGGUUGACGAUCGGACAUUUACGCUAGUGUUGGAUGCCAGAUCCCCUAUCCACGAACUAUACUCCAACCUUGUGUCGCACCUCGACACUCUACGCCAACGCGGUUACCUGACCCACUGCGACGGUGCUAAAGUCGUUCAGGGCGCGGUCACUAUUGUGGUAACGGGCGAUUGGGUGACCAGCUCGGACUGCUCCGAUCACUCAUACUCGGACGUCUUCUGGUACUCGAAGGGGGCUAUUUUUUGGGAUGGUGUUAUAAAUGAGCAUCUGAUCCCAAUCUGUGCGGUAUGA